AUGGACAUAGCAGACAUCAGCAAAUUUCGCCCUCACCAGAAAUUGAUAAAUCAAGCAGAACAAGUGGUACGUCAAGCAGAACAAGUGCCAGCGACAAAGGGUCAAGAGCCAACUACAUUGACUAUGGUAGAUGAACAAGAUUCAUCGUUUAUCGUAGCAAAACUCGAUCCUAGGCUUCGAAUGGCUGAGGGGUUUCCGGCCCUCACCGUCAGAGAGAGGAAUGACAUAGCUUUAAAAUGUGUCAGCUACUGGCUGGAUAUGUCAAAUCUCAAUGCCCCAUGUAAGGGACCAGAAUACCUCAGAAAAGGAUCUGAGACUGCCCGCGACACUAGCUGUCGUUUCAGCAUGACAAUGAAUCUCGACGCGGCGUUAAUUCAAGCCUUCUUUACGAUCCAGAUCGUCAAACCUGUUCUACCGCCUGAAUUUGCCGUUUACACUGUGAAACAAUGGAUUUUAAUUCGGAGUUGGGAAACUCAAACACAAUUCAACUUCUGCCUACAGCCAGACAAGUCAAUCGAACCUGUCGAGCCAAGACUUGUCGUUUUUCGCCACGCACGACCGGACGAGCUCAAGUCUCGAGAAGUCUCAUUAAUUGAAAACGUGAAUGGUUUGAAAGUCUUGGCUGAAACAUCCAAUCAUACUUUCGAGUGGAGGAAUCCUGAUCUAGCAAACAUUCUUCUGGCUAUCUCAAAUCCAGAUUCAGACGGGCCGAAGGUGUACGCUGACUGGCCGGAUUGUGUAAAUGCCGCCCUCGGCGAUGACAAGAGGGCUUUAGAUACGUCCAUAAAGCUCGCUCGACGAAAAUUGGACGGGAAGACAUUGACAGCUAAGGAUGUUCCCCUAGUCCGCACAGCCGCAGCUCUAUCAGAGCAAAUCGAAGAUUGCCACCUUGGACCGAAUGAUAUAAUCGUGGAGUGGAGCUUCAAUACCAACGCUCUGCUUGAUAUGACGAACAUUAAAUGCUUUCUGAAGCAGACCGGCUAUGACAGCCAGACUCUUCUCCCAAGCAGCGGUCAUGCAUUACUUAGACCUACCAUGAAAUUCCUCAGUCAAGCACCCCCAGAAAAUCGUAGUCUGCCUCAAGACUUGCUUCAAGGCCUCGAAGGCUUGUUGUGGGUAGACGAUGAUUGCACUCAGAGCAAUACUCUAGAUCAUUACUUUGAUUUACUCGAACGCGAAAUUAUCGUUGAUGCCCCCACGGCCCUUGGUGAAGAACAGGAUGGUAUGGAUCUCGAUGAUGAGAGAUCAGAUAGUGAGAAAGAUGAUGAGAAUACUAGUAACAUGGAACUUAUCAGCGAGGACAGCAGCGACGAGACUUGGGAUGACACAGAUAAUAUUGACUAA